UGAGAUCAAUGAUUAUUCGAUUUGGAGAGAGGCGAUCAUUUGCCUCCGCCACCACUCCCAAGUUUGCACAGGGCGUCGGCGGCGUCCACUCUUCUCGCCCUGCUCACAACAAAUAUGCUUUGACGGGGGAGUUUGCGCCGGUGUAUAUUGUGAUGGGCAUGGUGGUGGUAGCGAUUUCCAUAGGAGUGCACACGGUGAAGCAGCAGCUGGUGCAUUCCCCAGCAGUUAAUAUCACCAAGAAGAGAAGAGGAUCGAUGCCAGAGGUGGAUAUUCCAGACGCAGUGACCAGUAAUGGCAACAAAUUUAUCAACAAAUCAUUCCUCAGGAAGGUUGCUCAUAUCCAAGAUGACAAACGCCCUGACCCUUUCACCAGGUUAACUGUUUAAUUUCUGCGAAAUUUUGGAUUGAUGUUUGGUAUUUGGUAUUCAAUUUUCAUGCUGCUGUGCUAAUUGCAGGUCUCGAAAUGCUCAGACACUAAGUACUGUUGGGGUGAA